GGAUAAGUCGCGGAUUGAGGCAAGAUGCCGUCAAAACCGAGCUUCUUCGACAAGCUGGUUCGGCGCUCCAAGAACAAGCGCUUAGGAGAUAGUUUGGCGCCACCGACCGAUUCUGGAGAUGAACUUUCCCUACGCAGCCGCGCCUCUUCGAGAGCAAGCUCAGCUCAUUCUGCAGUAUCUACCCCUGUAGAAAACAGUAUACCUACCGAAAAUGCGCCCGAAAUAGCAGCUACUGUGCCAGAUGGACCGCCUGUAUCACUCUGGCCACGGGCGUAUGAUCAAGUUCGAAAAGAAAACAAAACCCUCGUUGAGGAGUACGAAAAGCUUCUCGCUAAGCACCUCGACAAGGAUUCUGGCUCCGAGAGCACUAGCAAUUCGGUAUUAGGCAACAGUCCGGAGAAAAUGGCACUUAUAACAGAGCAAGGACUUGAAGAGCUCACAAACAGCAGAAUCAAAUAUACGCUAUUCGGCAACGACUUUGUCCUGAUGGAUCAAGCUGGACAACUCAGCUCAACUCUCGUUGGAUUCAAAGACUACGUUGCUGAGGCAUUCAAAGCUUCCCCCGAGGCAUCUAUGGCCUGGGCAGGCGUUGCGCUAGUCCUUCCACUGGUGACAAAUAUCAGCACAGUUGAGGCAGAGCACAAAGCUAGCUUUAUCAAGGUUCUUUCCCGUAUGAAGCUCUAUGUUGGUAUGGAGCAACUCUUAUGGCCAAAACACCUUAAUUUGCAGCCUAGUGCCCGUAUUACACUCGAACAUGAAAUCACUCAGCUCUAUGUCUCCAUCAUCAUCUUUCAAAUGGAGAGUGCUCGACGAUUCUACAGAAGGUGGAUAAUGCGUACAGUUAGAGAUGCUGUUAAAUAUGACGAUUGGGAGACAAAGGUCAAGGCUGUAAAUGACGCGGAAGAAGUUGUUCUUAACGCCUUUCGACUCGUAACCGAUCAAGCCGUCCGAUCAAACCUGGACGAGCUUGUAUUGAGCGCGGGCCAGCAAACCAAAGCCCUUAUCAGUAUAGCGGAUGAUAUCAAAAGUCUUCUCGACAUACAAACUAAAGGCGUCGCCUAUACAAAGGAGAUUGCAGAUGGAGUGGAAAUGCUGGCUCAGGCCAAGAGUAAAAAGCUCGAAACUGUCAAACUUGACAUGUUUGUCGACACAAAAGCCCAAUUCGAUUCCAUAGACUCUGAACGAGCCGGAAAAUGUUUUGAAAGCACACGAAAGACAAUCCAGCAGCGUAUCAAAGUCUGGGCUGCGUCAAACACAGGACCUAAUAUUCUCUGGGUGCGCGGACUGGCAGGCACUGGAAAAUCGACCAUUGCCCGAACGAUGGCAGCGAAUUUCGCCAAAGAUGGAGUUCUUGCAGGCUCCUACUUUUUCAGACGAGGUGACGAGGACAGAACGAAAAGUGCCAAUAUCCUAUCCACCAUCAUGGAUAGAGCAAUCCACUGUGUCCCAGGACUUGCUCGUCAUGUUGCGGACGCGCUUUCAGGCAAGGACAAAACCUGGCUUCGAGACAAAGGACUUGAGACACAAUUUGAUACUCUUUUCAGAACCCCUCUUGGACGUCUUCUUGAUAAGGGUAAGAUGUCAAGCUUUACUUUUGUCAUAAUCAUUGACGCCCUCGACGAAUGUGCAGAUCAUGGCGACCUAGGCCCUUUGAUUGCGCUACUUUCCGGGCUCAACUCCACGGAGCAGAGGUUCAACAUUCUUCUAACUAGCCGAGCUGCCGGUACAUUCGAGUCACGAGUCCGAGAAUUCAUUGUCGAAGGAGAGGAUUACAUAAAUUUGCAUCUAGAAGAUGCUCAAUUCUCAGAGGAGACUCAGAAAGAUAUCCAAGUAUACAUGUCAGACAUGUUUACACGAAUAAAGCAGCAGUUCGAUAUCGAGCAAAAUCCCUGGCCAACGGAAGUCCAGCAGGAGAUUUUGAUUACUCGCGCAGUGACACCUUCGCCGCUCUUUAUCUAUGCAGCAACUCUGUAUCGAUUUCUCACAAACGAGGAGAGCUUGCCCGACGAUCAGUUGGAAGAAUGGCUUAGUAGUGUGUCUGCUGGUGCAAAUCAGUUAAACGAAAUUUACGAGCCAGUGUUAAAAAUUGCGUUUGCAAGCGUUGGUAUAAAACGACAUGCCGAUCUUCAAAACCUCAUUUAUGCAAUUAUUCUGGCCAGAACACCGUUGUCGAGGCGGAUACUCUCAGAAAUGUUUAGCAUCAAGCUAGAUGUUGUGAAGAGUCUUUUGAAAACACUACACUCGGUUAUAAAUUUACCGACUGGUCAAGAUGAUGCGAUUGAAAUUUACCAUAAAUCGUUCAGCGAUUUUGUGCAGGCAGCGUUGGACACUCCUAAUGCAGAGUCGCCAUACGUCAUCCCUAUUCCAGAGGCACACGGUACCAUAGCCUUCAAGUGCAUAAAGCUAUUGGAUGCAAAGUUGAUGAGAGAUAUCUGCAAACUAGGCGAUCCUCUUACAUUUCUCGAAGAGGUUGACGAUAUCCAUAUUCAGGACUGUAUCCCUGGUAGUGUACAGUAUGCCUCUAAAAAUUGGGUGCAUCAUGUAUUGGACGCCCAAAUUGAAGGCAGUGAAAUCGGCGUCAUCAGUGACUUUCUUUGCAAACAUUUUCUGCAUUGGAUAGAAUGUGCAAUGUUAUUGAAAGACUUUUCAAAUUCAGUGUCGUCCAUCAUUAAUUUGCAAAGUUACAUAUUGGCAGCUGAACACCCAUUACUAAACCUCCUUGCAUUUCUAAAAGAUGCGCAUCGCUUUCUUUUAUUUGUACACGAUUAUGAAACUUCUCCAUUGCAAAUAUAUGGUGCUGGCCUAGUAUUUUGUCCUACAUCAAGUCUCAUUAGAACAACUUUCAAAAAACAUGCCGUUUCAUUGGGAGUUAAGGUUGAAGGAAUCCAAGGUCAUUGGGAUAGCCUAUUACAAACCCUGUCGACUUUACCCUAUACGGAUCAUUUGGAGUAUUCCGACGACGGACGACUACUUCUAGCAGCGUCAGCCAAUUCUGUACAAGUCUGGGACACCAUUUCAGGCUCAGAAAGGUUUACCAAAGUCUUCAACUACAGUAUCUGCGAAGUGCAUUUCUCAUCGGACUCACGACUCAUCGUUGUGCAUACGACAUGGCGGGAUAUUCACAUUGUAGACGCACAAAGUGGCGUCUUAAAGCAGAAGCUAACUGGAUUUUCCUUUCUGCUACCAUCAAAACAAGGAAAAUACCUAUUUUAUUCUCGAUAUAAAGGCCUACAUGAAUUCAACGGGCGCGGAUGGAACGCAGUCACUAUGCAGGAAGUCAAGUCAAUGCCUUUUACUGAUACAGAAUUUGGAAAGAGGCUGUUCGAGUUAGUUGAAUCCAACCCGGAAUCUUACAACACCGACAGCAGCUCUGAUGACAGCGAAUUUCAUGAGCACAACGUACCAGAUUGGGAAAGUAUAUAUGAAAGUAGUAGUCACAGUCUGGAGGGUGAUGAAAAUGAGGAUGAAAUCAUCAGCAGUGUGGAUAGUGGUUAUGGCCGUCACGUUGAGAGCAGCGCGGAGAACAUUGAUGAGAGCAUUGCUGAGAGCGUUGCUCAGACUUGCUCUAGCUCUACUGAAGAAACCGAAUCACUGGGCGGAAUAAUUACAGACUCUGAAACUGGUAGUAUCGAAACUGUGUGGAAAGAUCUUAGACGCCAGUACCCAUGUAAUGUACUGUCUCCAGACGGGACAAUCUCGGUUUCAUGUGGACCAAACAAUCUCAUUAUCGUCGGCAACUCACGAAAUGGAAAGAUUUUGGCCGAGAUUACAUCUAAUACGAAGCGCCCGUCAAUGUUGAUUAUAUCCCAGGACAAUAGGCUGCUCCUAGUGAGUGCGGGAUCCAGCGAGCCGGAGCUUUGGAAUAUCCGCGAUAACAUCAGGGUUUGGACCGGCCAGCCAAAUCCUACGGGUGUAUCUGGUUUCAUCGACCACGCACAGUUUUCAAAAUGCGGCACCUUUGUCGACAUGUACUGUUCUAAAUGGAUAUACAGUCUCAAUAUUGAAACCCUUGACAUUACCUGGAGACAAUUUACUGUGAAUAUUGAUAUCGAAACCAUUUGUGCCACUGGCGAUGGAAGCCAGGUCGCGGCUCUUGCAUCUCGGUCAUUUAUCGCCAUUUUUAAUUCAUCUCUAGAUGAGGCAACAGUUCCUUAUACAGUAGAUGAAGGUGGCUAUUCCAACGCUGCCCAAUCGCUUUUAGUCUCAUCUCAGGAUAUGGUAGCUGUCCAGUUUACUGAUGGCACAAUUGAGCUCCAUGAUACAUUUAACCGCAGCAUUCGCACAAUGAAAACCAAUCAACAUAUGGUGCAAUUUUCGGCCGAUGGGAAAUAUUUAAUCUGCUCGUUUCACAAGACUGCGUGUGUUGCUGUCUAUGAUACGGACAGCUUACAAAGUGUUUUUACAUCCACUUACCAUGGCGAGGCCAGCCAUCCCGAGCCAUUGGUUGCCAUCUCGCCAAACGGUAUAUAUUUAGCAAUAGCUACUUGGAUUGAAGAUACAGCCGAACAGUUAACAGUGUGGAAUUUGCAAACAGGAUACUUGAUACGCUCAAUACCAGUCCUGCCAGUAUCUCUUUUGUUCUUUUCGGAGGAUAUGAGCGAGGACGAUAUUUUGGUAGUCAUCUACAACUUGAGAGGCAGGCGGAGAUAUAGCGUUCACCGGUUUCCAAUAAGCCAAUACUUUUCAUAUCAGAGCCAAGUUUGUGAAGGAAGAGGAUUCAUUUUCGAUGGCUCCUUCCUUCCUAACAGUUCGAAACUGGCAAUCAUAUACACUUCCCACCCAACAUACACGCACGUUGUUGAUCUAUUCUGUGUUCUCACUGGAACCCGACUCACGAGAAUAGUAAAGAACCAUAUGACAAUGACGGACACGAACUUGCGUUUUCCCGCAUUUCCCACGUCAGAUGUCAAUGUAUGGCGACGAGCUGAUGGCUACUGGAACUUGAAAAGCAAUACACGAGAGCUGACCAGUUCUUUUGAUGAUACAUUGAGAUUGGUUUACGAUGAUGACUGGAUUGCCAAAGACGGAAACAGAGUCUUUAAGCUUCCAGGACCAUGUCGUUUGGGAACACCAGUUUAUGACAGCCCGCCGAUCCAUUCCAAAGGCAGUGUCAUGGUAUUCCUAACACAAAACAAUAGUGUCGUUAAACUCACGGUUUUGGAUGAUGGACUGGACUCUGUCAUGCUGGAUACUAGGACUACGCAACUACAGCGUAAGACAAGCGGUGAUUCAAUGAAUUGGAUGGAUAAUGGAGAGAAUUCUAUCACGCGGCGAGAAGUUUCGUUUGGAGUAUCCGAUUUCUUUUAUGAAUUUGCAACGGGAGAAAACGACUCGAAUGACGAUUCGGAUUAGGUAUACAAACAGUAUAUACAACGACAUUUAUCAAGAUCAACAUUUCUACUACAUGAUCUUUCCUAAAGCAAGCUUCAUAUUCUCGCAAAGUUGCUUAUGAAUUCUGUUGUUUAAUAAUCCAGAGGUAUACAAUUGUUACUUCCAAGCACUUUAUAGACAUUUACCUUUACACUGUUA